CUGUAUAAAGCGCCAGCAGCCGGAGCCUAGUGAGCUCCCUCGGAAGCCCUCGGCCCUUGCCCUCUCCUCCACCCCUCUGCCUGGCCUGGGCCCGGCUGCCCAUCCCUGGAUGAGCCACAGGGCUUCCUCCACCUUCAGAGCAGAGAGAAGCUUCCACUCCUCCUCCACCUCUUCCUCCUCUUCAUCAGCCUCCUGUGCCCUCCCAGCCCAGGACCCUCCCAUGGAGAAGGCCUUGAGCAUGCUUUCUGAGGAUUUUGGCAGCUUCAUGCGGCCACACUCGGAGCCCCUGACCUUCCCAGCCCGUCCUGGGGGUCCUGGCAACAUCAAGACCCUUGGAGAUGCCUAUGAGUUUGCAGUGGACGUGAGUGACUUCUCCCCUGAAGACAUCAUCGUCACCACGUCCAACAACCACAUCGAGGUUCGCGCUGAGAAGUUGGCUGCCGACGGCACGGUCAUGAACACCUUUGCUCACAAGUGCCAGCUGCCAGAGGACGUGGACCCCACCUCGGUGACUUCAGCCCUGAGGGGGGACGGCAGCCUCACCAUCCGGGCACGACGCAACCCACACGUGGAGCAUGUUCAGCAGACUUUCCGGACGGAAAUCAAGAUCUGAGGCCCAGCCCCUCCUCUGCCCACCCCCCCAGCACUCCCCCACACACACACACACACACACUAGCCCUCCAGAAAAGUGUCCCUAAGCAUCCCUUCAGGACAGCUUCCAGAACAGCUCAGCCCCAUUUCUAGACCCCAAACCCACAGGCCCCAGGUGGGUCAUUCCCCACCCUACCCCCAAUUGGAGGCCUUCUGCUCUGUCCAAGGCAGCCCAACUACCCCUCCCCCGUCUCCCCUGUGGCCCCUUAGAUUCCAGACAAGGCCACUUAAUUUAAAAUAGAAAGGUGGGAAGGUGAAGGGGGAGAUCCCAGAGAUUCCCCGCUUGAGGAAGGGGGCUGAACAGUUAGAAUCUCUGGGCAAAUCAUCUGCAGAGCAGACAGACAGGUCCUUUGACCUGUGGAGUCUCUGCAGGGCAGGGCAGGGCAGGGCAGGGCAGGGCAGGGCAGGGCAGGGCAGGGCCCUUUGGGCUGGGGGAGUGGGAGGAAGGUCAGAGGGAGCUGGGGAGCUGGUAGUCAAGAGUCCCUGUGCAAGAUGAGCUGCCCAGGGCCACAGGGAAGCCAGGGGACACAGCCUGUGUAAGAGGCCUCCUUCUGCUGCUCUGUGCCCCAGACAUGCCCCCCAGCUGCCUGCCUGCCCACCCAGUGCCCCCAUGCAGUCAGCUGUGCCAGGGCAGUGCCAAGUCAUCUCUGUAUAUAGGUAGGUUUUUUUCCAAUACAGCCGGUCCGUGAUAAACUACAAAACUCCAGUCUGUUGCCUGCUCAAGCCCCCAGGCCAGGCCAAAAGGGUGAGGCUGUGCUCCUCCACAGAGGCCUGGGCUCCCGGAGGCUCUUCCCCCCAGCCAGGGGGAGGAGGACGUGGUUGGGACUUUGGAUCCAGGUUGGACCUCCUUUCUCUCUCUCUGUUUUCUUUUGUUUAUCUAUUUGAUAAGACAGAAAUUGAGAGGGAGGGAGAGAGAGAGAGAACAAGACAACCUGUGACACUGCUUCACCACUCAUGAAGCUUCCCCCACCCCUGCAGGUGGGGACCAGGGGCCUGAACCCUGGUCCUUGCACAUGGCAACGCGUGCUCAAGUAGGUGCCUCUGCCCGGCACCUACCUUGAUCUCUGCUUCUCACUAACCUUUUCCUCUGGCCAGUCCCUUCCCCAACCCUUCCCUUCUUUAAUCUAUGAAUCUAUAAACUGUGUGUGUAAUCACACACACACACACACACACACACACACACACCCCUCAAUGCUCAGCAUCACCACUGGCUAAAGCUGACUUCAAAAUAUCCAAAAAUCAAAGUCAUUCUAAGAGCCAUGUUUUAUCAGUCGGGAGGUAAUCUCUGAGCGGUUGACUGCCCAGCUCAUUUACUGUGCACUGUGCUUUAAACCCAAGACCGCAGAAAGGACUCAGCGCCCCCGGCCUGUGCACUGCAUAGUAGCUGUCUUUGCUCUGCCCUGGCCCCACCUUCCUGUUGGAACAGACCCACGUCACGGGUGAGGCUCAACCCUCCCAGUCCCGGGCCCAGGUCAGGGACCUUUGGUCAGACUCAGGGGUCUGGCUGAGUCUUCCAUCUUCAGAAGUGAAGGUGACAGGGGAGGGGUGCCUGGGGCCAGCAGCAGGGUCAGCCUCUGCCCUGUGUGCUGUGUUCUGUAAGGUGUCCUCUUCCCCCACCCAGUCAUGUUGGGACCCUUAUGGGACUGCUGGGGGGACUGGUACUGUACCCUGCACACACAAUAAAUGACAAGAGUCACAGGCUUGCUGGGA